AUGGCUACCAGAGCUUGAAGGCUGCAGCCGGAGUGGGUGGGAGCAGCGCCGUCCGAAAGGGAGCGACGCGCCGCUCGGCGAGGCAACAGCUGUCUGCGGCUCCUGAAGUUUUCCCCUCCGGGCCUCCCGGGACCUGGCGCAACGUCUCCCGCCGCAACCAUCCCCGGCAUCCGAGCCGCUUUUCCCACACUCCCCUGGUCAGCAGCAAGGGGCUCGGGCGAUUGCGGCGAUAACUUUUAAGGCAGCGGCGGCUGCUGCUGCUGCUGCUGCUCUUUUGUUGCUUUGCUGCUGCUGUCACCCCGCCUCGGCGCGUGCCGCUGAUGGGAGCGCCGCAGAGCUCCGGUCCGGCCGCCGGUCUGGCUCAGUAGCCCCCGACGCCAUCCGGCGACUAGCGGAGCCGAGACGAUGGCUCUCACCUUGUUUGAUACUGAUGAAUACAGGCCACCAGUUUGGAAAUCUUAUUUGUAUCAGCUGCAGCAAGAAGCUCCACAUCCUAGAAGAAUUACCUGCACAUCUGAGGUGGAGAACAGACCUAAAUACUAUGGACGGGAGUUUCAUGGGAUGAUAUCAAGAGAAGAAGCAGAUCAAUUAUUGAGCGUAGCAGAGGGAAGUUAUCUUAUUCGUGAAAGCCAACGACAACCUGGAACAUACACUUUGGCUUUAAGAUUUGGAAAUCAAACUAGAAACUUCAGACUCUACUAUGAUGGAAAACACUUUGUUGGAGAAAAACGUUUUGAGUCUAUCCACGACCUGGUGACAGAUGGAUUGAUCACCCUUUAUAUUGAAACCAAGGCAGCGGAAUACAUUGCCAAGAUGACCAUAAAUCCUAUUUAUGAACACAUAGGAUAUACAACUUUAAACAGAGAGCCCGCAAACAAGAAGCAUGCUGUGGCUGUGAGAGAUACAGUUGAUGGCAAAGAUUCUGCAGGAGACAAUGACAUAGGAGAAAAAAGACUGACAUCACUUGUCAGAAGAGCAACUCUGAAAGAAAAUGAACACAUUCCAAAAUAUGAGAAGGUUCACAAUUUCAAGGUUCACACAUUCAGAGGUCCACACUGGUGUGAAUAUUGUGCCAACUUCAUGUGGGGCCUCAUUGCUCAGGGAGUGAAAUGUGCAGAUUGUGGCUUAAAUGUUCAUAAACAGUGCUCCAAGAUGGUCCCAAAUGACUGCAAGCCAGACUUGAAGCAUGUCAAAAAAGUGUACAGCUGUGAUCUCACUACGCUAGUAAAAGUACACCUAACCAAGAGGCCAAUGGUUGUAGACAUGUGCAUUAGGGAAAUUGAGUCUAGAGGACUCAAUUCUGAAGGACUCUACAGAGUAUCAGGAUUCAGUGAUCUGAUUGAAGAUGUCAAGAUGGCUUUUGAUCGAGAUGGGGAAAAAGCAGACAUUUCCGUGAAUAUGUAUGAAGAUAUCAAUAUUAUCACUGGUGCACUUAAACUCUACUUCAGGGAUCUGCCAAUUCCAUUAAUCACAUAUGACGCCUACCCAAAAUUCAUAGAAUCUGCAAAAACCACAGAUCCUGAUGAACAGCUGGAAAUACUUCACAAAGCACUGAAGCUACUGCCACCUGCGCACUGUGAAACAUUACGCUAUCUCAUGGCACAUUUAAAGAGGGUAACUCUCCAUGAAAAGAAGAAUCUCAUGAAUGCAGAAAACCUUGGCAUUGUUUUUGGACCAACACUUAUGCGAGCACCCGGGCUAGAUGCAAUGGCUGCCCUAAAUGAUAUUCGUUAUCAGAGACUUGUGGUGGAGAUGCUUAUAAAAAAUGAAGAUAUUUUAUUUUGAACUUGGCAUGUGUGUGAAAAUGUUUGUAGUGGAUGGCAAGAAAAAUCUGAGGACUAUGAAUAAUUGAGCCAGGUCCUGCAGCUGAAUUCUUAUUGUGAGGUUGUGCUGUAUGAAAGGUGCUUAUUAUGUUGCUUUUGCGACCCCCAUACAGAAACCUAUUGGGGAGAGAUGAUCGUAUGCUCUACUUCCCAGGGCUCAUAGCUGUGGGCUGUUUUAUCCUAGUCCAGAAAUUCAGUUAACCUGAUCUGCUUCCUGCUCACCCUCUUUUGUGAGGCUUCUCCUACAAAGAACUCAGGAGAAGGAGUCAACAUCUGCAUUCUGAAAUAGUCUGUGACUGUGGUUUAGCAUGUUUCUUGAUGUAGAUCUGUGGUGGAUUUCUGUUCUGUUCUGUAAUUGGUUUCUGAUAUUUCAGAGGGGGAGGGGGGAACAAACUACAGAGAACCAGAACUUCUAAAUGUUUAUUGACAUCUUUAAUUCUUUACCUACUUGAAGGAUAAUUUUUGUUGGGUUUCAUAACAGUUAUUUAAAUGUCGGAAUAAAUUUCCAUGUAUCAGAAACAUUCUGACUGCCAUUUUAAGUAAAGCCUUUUAGUGUAUUUCCAGUUAAAGAUGGCAACACUGAAUGAAUGAAAGUGGCUUUGUUGUUUUCCAUUGUCUUUUUGUACUUCUACUGGGCAUGCAUAUUAAUUUAUUAAAGUUUUGCUUUAGAAUCUUA